CUGAAGCAGUUUUGCAAAACCUGUCGAAUUGCCAGCUACGGCAACGAGAUAAAGAAUCUAUGUACUCGACUUCAGGAGCAGAGUCAUUACAUCGAAGAGCGUAGAAAGUCAUGUACGUUUAAUCUGAAAGACCCAGAAAUGAUGAAACAGUUCGAAGAACAGGUUAAGUGUUCGGCCGACGUUCCUUUCUUGCUGUACUAUUCAGCUUUUCGCAAAAUGAAAGAUCGCGAUAGCAGGAUAAAGCUGGCCGUUACUAAUGAGGAAUUAAACAGACUCCAAGAAGAACGUAACCAGCCUGAAGAAGACGAUUUUAACUGCACUCCAGCCAGGAAAAAGAAACGUUCCAUGAAGUCACCAAAGUUAUCUCGACAGCAGGAUCGGACUCUCGGCAAGAACUCGCAAUUUUCAGCCGAUGAUGACAUGUUAACGGAGUUGCGGCUGUCCGAUUCUGAAUAA